AGAAAAACAUGAGCUGCAAUGGCUGUCGUGUUUUACGUAAGCGUUGCAGCAAAACAUGCGUCUUAAGAACUUGUUUAGAAUGGAUCGAAUCACCAGAAGCCAAAGGCCAUGCUACUCUCUUUGUUUCCAAGUUCUUUGGCCGCAGCGAUCUCAUCAGUUUCAUAUCCUCGGUCCCCUCUCAAAAACGCAACGCCUUGUUUCAAUCACUAUUGUUUGAAGCCGUUGGUAGAACAGUGAAUCCGGUAAAUGGAGCCAUAGGACUCCUUUCCACCGGCAACUGGCACUUGUGUCAGGCCGGGGUAAGGACGGUGUUAGCAGGGGGCACCCCCGUUGCUAUCAUGAACAUGUCUCGUACUCCAGGAAGUUCCGGGGUCUUUCAAGCUGCUUGCACAGAAAUGACGAUCGGGAAGGAGCCAAAACUAUUAAACCUACUUGUAUAACAAGUUAAUUAUAAAUAAUGAGUUUAAGUACUUAGAAUAAAAUCAUCUAUAGAUAGAAGAUUUGGCGUUUCUAUCGAUCUAGGUGAUUACCUUUUUGAAGUUGAAAAUUUCCUUAUUAUUAUACUAGUGACAAUAAUUAACCUAAACUUUAAAGUUUUGUAAAAUAUUGUGCUCCUUUUCGCUGGAAUUUUUAUGGUGAAAUGUGGGAGUUUUCCGGAUUGAGAGAAUAAUGAAAACGGCAUCUUGUCGAUUUAUGUGUACUUCCGUACUACUUU